UUUUUAAUCCGUGUCCAAGAUAAAAAAAAAAAAGGACGAUAAUUAGAUUAGAAGUAUGCUAUGCUGUCGAUAGUUUCAACGUUCAUUGCGAAUGAUCUAAGUAAUUCUAAGAUGAUAGCUUUUUAAAAUUCAGCAUUGGCAGCUUCACUCCUGAAGAAUUCAUAAUGCCCAUUUUAAAGCCUAUUGGAGAGUCAUAUACUAAACGUAAAAUAGAGAUUUCUAAAAGGAAUGGUUGGCGGUACGCCAUUUUUAGUUCCCGAACAAAACAAUUUGUUGCAGGUUAUUACAAAGGAGAAUGGAGAAACGAUAAAAAAGAGGGCAAGGGCAAUGAAAUAAACAGAAACGGAUGGGUGUACGAAGGCGAUUGGUUCGAUGGUAAAAGACACGGUUAUGGUGUAUUGAGCAAAAUUUCGGAAAACGGCAUUCUUCGUCAACGUUACGCCGGUGAAUGGGUAGCUGGGAAAAGGAACGGAUUUGGAUACAGCUGGUACAAAGAUUCCAGUUACUACGAAGGUGAUUUUUGUCAAAACAAACGUCACGGUUGUGGGCGUAUCUGGUACUGUAAUGGCGACUAUUACGAGGGCACUUGGAGAAAUGAUCUCUACGAUGGCGUGGGAAUGUUCGUUAAAGUUAACGGGAACAGAUACGAGGGUCAGUUUGUCGAGGGCAAGAAAGAAGGUUACGGGACGUUUUAUCAUAUAGUCACUGGUCAGGAGCAAUGUGGUUUUUGGAGUAACGAUUCUUGUAUAAGUGGGACGAUGUCAGACAUGUAUUGGCGUCAGUCUGCACCACGUCCGACACCAUAUCCUAUUCCAUGGAACGAAUUGGCAGAGAAUGAUGGCGAGAUCAAAAUCGCGUAUGAAAACAGCGAUGAUAACGAAAACACGGAAUCCGUUUAUUACGAGUCUGCUUGCAAGAAACCAACGAAGCGUAUAAUCGCGAACGUGUGCGUACCCGUUAACACGUGUCCUUGUCUGGAUUCUGUUUUGUAAACCAAUUUACUUUUCGAGCCUCUUUUUAACGACGUCACGUAACAAUCAAGAGUAACACAAAAAAUGAAUCGAUGUUACUUAUAUAAUUUAUUUUGGCAAAAGCGCCGCUAUUAUAUAUUUAUAUCAUUAACGCAGUGUACUUAUGAACCGUUCGACCACAUUCAAUAUAAAUUAUGUACAAUUAAAUUGCCGCUUCUCGGACUCGCAUCUUUUUCUUUUCUUAACUUUCUAGAACUCCGCACGACUUUGAAAUCACAUAUACAUUAUCUACAUCCAUUAAGUCUGAUUUAAUCCUAUCAUCGAUAUGAGUCAAUUGUGGUUUUUAAGCGAUGGUAUGGUUUACAAACCACACAUUCUCAUUUUCCAUAGAAAGGUGGGAACGGUUGGAAUCCAUUCGAUUUAUAUCCCAAAUAUUAGAAUUCAUCUGCGGUUCUGUCGUAUAAUUUAUUUUUU